AUGGCUAUGGCAGAGGACAAAUAUUCACUGCGUGUUAUAGAAAGAUCACUAAACGCUUUUACCGAAGUCGCCAUUCCAACGAAUCUAGAUCGAUUGGCUAAGCAGAAGGAAAACAUAAUCAAGUUUAGAGAUAUUGGCGAUUGGGGCAGGCUUCGUCGAGAACAACUACAUGUUGUCAACACCUUGAAUCAACUCAAGGCAACUCUAAAAGAGUUAGAUAAAACUAGAUGUCAAGUUAAAGAUGAAGACUUGGCCAAGUUUGACCAACGUGUAAAAGUGGUUAAGGAAAAAGCAUUUGAUUCUAUUGCUUCAUUUGAAAUUAUCCAAAGUGAUAUCAAACGAGAAAUAGAUGAGGUAUCAGAAGAUAAAACCGCUAGUAAAAGAGCUAUUCACAGAAAUACCGGAGCCGAUGACGAUAAUGGUGAACAAAUUCAAUUAAGCAUUAUAGAAGAAGACAGGAAGGAAAUUAAAGCAUCGUGGGAGAAGUUAGAAAAGAAUUUAUUAGAAGUCAAGGAGCUAUCCGAAACUUAUGUCACGAUGUUAAGAGAACAAGGCGAAACGAUCGAAUCGAUAUCUGAUAAUAUAGAUUGUACUCAAAGUAACCUUCAGCGGGGCAAUUUGAGUCUAGCUCAGGCCGGAAAGUAUAAGUAUGCGUUAAUUCCAGUAACGGGUGCUGUAGUAGGUGCUGCUGUUGGAGGACCAGCUGUGGCAGUCUAUAGCGGGAUUAAACUUUUGGGUUUAGCUGCGGGUGUUGCUGCAGGACUUGCUGGGUAUGCCGGUGGAUCACUUAUAAAGAAUCGUAAUCAACGAGCAAUUGAUAAAACCGUUAAAAAAAAGGAGUAG